AUUUUCCCUCUCCGUCCUCACACACCUCCGCCGCUCUCCUCCCUGACGUGUUCACCUCCCUCACGGCUCCAGCGCCUUACCCAGCUUCCCUGGCCCGGAGUACCUUCCCCCACGCCCCAUCUAGCCAACCCUCCAUCCAGUCUUCUAUUCUCGGCGGCAGCAGCAGCAGAAGCGCCCCACGUCUGUGAAGCCUCUCCUGACUGCCCACGCCCCGGUAAACGCCACUUUCCCUGUGUCCCAACGACUCUUUGAAAAUUACCACCUUUAAAUGAUUACACGUGGCUACAAUUGUUUGUUUGCACAUCUGCUUCCUUCUUCACACUGUGAGCUCUUGUAAGACCGAAAUGCAUUUGUCACCAUCACCUCCAAUUUAUCAUAGCACCUGACAGCUCUCUUUGUAGUCUUUGCCAAUCGUAGAAGCUUCAAGAACGUCCGCACUAGGGAGAAACAGAAUCCGGGGAAGAAUCGUUACUAACGUAAAGGGAAAUCUCGCGAGACGUAGGUCUUCGGACCCAGCUGUCUUGGCUGACAGUUAUUUAGCGGUUAAACGGUCAUUCGCCUCGCCCACUCCCUGCUGGCCGCUGAGGGGGAGCGAUUUCCCGCCUCUUCUGAGGUUCGAAGGCAGAAGCUCUUGAUUCUUUUUGCUGCCUGGCGGAGGGCAGGCAGCAGUUCGCGUGGACAGCGGGCCUGCGGCUUCCCGCUGGUUCUUUAAAGAUAAUUACAACUGGAAGACAGAAAAUGGAGAAGCAAAAGCCCUUUAAAUUGUUUGUACCACCGAGAUUAAGUAGCAGUCAAGUGUCUGCAGUGAAACCUCAGACCUUGGGAGGAGAUUCUAAUUUCUUCCAGAAUUUCAACAAAUGUAUUGAAGAUGAUUUUGGUUUUCCAUUUGCCAUGACUAAUCUCUCCAAAAAUGGGGAAAACAUUGAUUCAGAUCCUGCUUUACGAAAAGUUAGCUUUUUGCCCAUGCUUGAACAGGUUGAUAAUUCUGACAGUUGUCACUACCAGGAAGGACUAAAAGACUCUGAUUAUGAGAAUUCUGAGCCAAUGAGCAGACUAUAUUCAAAACUGUAUAAGGAGGCAGAAAAGAUCAAGAAGUGGAAAGUGAAUGUAGAAUCUGAACUGAAGCAAAAAGAAAAUAAGUUGCAAGAGAAUAGAAAGAUAAUUGAAGCACAGCGGAAAGCCAUUCAGGAACUGCAGUUUGAAAAUGAAAAAGUAAGUUUGAAAUUAGAAGAAGGAAUUCAAGAAAAUAAAGAUUUAAUAAAAGAGAAUAACGCUACAAGGCAUUUAUGUAAUCUACUCAAAGAAACUUGUGCCAGAUCUGCAGACAAGACAAAAAAAUAUGAAUAUGAACGGGAAGAAACUAGGCAAGUUUAUGUGGAUAUGAAUAAUAACAUUGAGAAAAUGAUAAUAGCUUUUGAGGAACUUCGUGUGCAAGCUGAGAAUUCCAGAUUGGAAAUGCAUUUUAAAUUAAAGGAAGAUUAUGAAAAAAUCCAACACCUUGAAGAAGAAUACAAGAAGGAAGUAAAUGACAAGGAAAAGCAGGUAUCACUGCUGUUGAUUCAGAGCACUGAAAAAGAAGAUAAGAUGAAAAAUUUAACAUUUCUGCUAGAGGAAUCCAGAGAUAAAAUUAAUCGACUAGAGGAAAAGACAAAAUUACAGAAUGAAAAUUUAAAAGAAUCAAAUGAGAAGCAGGAUCAUUUGACGUCAGAACUGGAAGAUAUUAAAAUGUCUUUGCAAAGAAGUAUGAGUACUCAAAAGGCUUUACAGGAAGAUUUACAGAUAGCAACCAAAAAAAUAUAUCAGCUCACUGGAGAAAAAGAAGCUCAAAUGGAAGAAUUUAAUAAAGCUAAAGCUGCUCAUUCAUUUGUGGUUACUGAACUUAAAAGUACUAUCUGCAACUUAAAAGAAUUGUUGACAACAGAACAGCAAAGAUUGGAAAAAAGUGAAGAUCAAUUGAAAAUACUUACUGCGGAGCUUCAGAAGAAAUCAAGUGAAUUGGAAGAGAUGACUAAACUUGAAAAUAACAAAGAAGUAGAAGUUGAAGAAUUGAAAAAAAUCUUGGCAGAAAACCAAAAGGUUUUAGAUGAAAAGAAACAAUUUGAGAAGAUUGCUGAAGAAUUAAAAGGAACAAAACAAGAACUAACUGGUCUUCUCCAAACCAGAGAGAAAAAAGUACAUGAUUUGGAAAUAGAAUUAACUGCUAUUGCGACAAGUGAACAACAUUAUUCAAAACAGGUUAAAGAGCUGAAAGUUGAGCUUGAAAAUGAAAAGCUUAAGAAUACUGAACUAACUGCAAGCUGCAAUAGGCUUUCAUUGGAGAACAAAGAACUAGCACAAGAAACAAGUGAUAUGGCCCAAGAACUCAAGAAACAUCAAGAAGAUAUUAAUGAUAGCAAAAAGCAAGAAGAAAGGAUGUUGAAACAAAUAGAAAAUCUGGAAGAAAGAGAAACACAAUUAAGGAAUGAACUGGAAUCUGUGAGAGAAGAACUAAAACAGAAAGGAGAUGAAGUUAAAUAUAAAUUGGAUAAGAGUGAAGAAAAUGCUCGAAGCAUUGAAUGUGAAGUUUUAAAAAAAGACAAACAAAUGAAGAUAUUGGAAAACAAGUGUAACAAUUUAAGGAAACAAGUUGAAAAUAAAAGCAAGUAUGUUGAAGAACUCCAACAGGAGAAUAAGGCCUUAAAGAAAAAGAGUACAGCAGAAAGCAAGCAACUGAAUGUUUACGAGAUGAAGGUCAGUAAAUUAGAGCUAGAACUAGAAGGUGCCAAACAAAAAUUUAGAGAAAUGACUGACAGCUAUCAAAAAGAAAUUGAGGACAAAAAGAUAUCAGAAGAAAAUCUUUUGGGAGAGGUUGAGAAAGCAAAACUAAUAGCUGAUGAAGCAGUAAAAUUACAGAAAGAAAUUGAUAUACGAUGUCAACAUAAAAUAGCUGAAAUGGUAGCACUUAUGGAAAAGCAUAAGCACCAAUAUGAUAAAAUCGUUGAAGAAAGAGACUCAGAGUUAGGACUUUAUAAAAGCAAGGAACAAGAACAGUCAUCAAUGAAAGCAUCUUUGGAGAUUGAACUAUCCAAUCUCAAAAAUGAACUUUCAUCUGUCAAGAAACAACUUGAAAUAGAAAGAGAAGAAAAAGAAAAACUCAAAAGAGAGGCAAAAGAAAACACAGUUACUCUCAAAGAAAAAAAAGACAAGAAAAUACAGACAUCUUUAUUUGAAACACCUGAAACUAGUUAUCAGAAAUUUGAUUCUAAAGCAGCUCCUUCACAAAAUAUAUCUCGAAACUUCAUAUCAGCUGAUCAUGGAAAAUCCAAAGAUAAAAGAGAUUAUCUGUGGACAUCUGCCAAAAGUACUGUAUCUACACCAUUACCAAAGGCAUAUACUGUGAAGACACCAACGAAACUAAAAAUUCAGCAGAGAGAAAACAAGAAUGUACCCACUGAAGAAAGUAACAAAAAGAGAAAAAUGGUCUUUGAGUUUGAUUUUAAUUCGGAUAGUUCAGAAACUACUGAUCUUUUGACCAUGGUUUCAGAGGAAGAGACAUUGAAAAAACUAUGCAAGAAUAAUCCACCAACUUCUCAUCUUUGUGUCAGAACACCAAAACAGACCCCUUCGUCUCUAACAAACCCUGGAUCUACGCUGAAGUUUGGAGCUAUGAGGAAAAUGCGAGAGGAUCGUUGGGCUGUAAUUGCUAAAAUGGAUAGGAAAAAAAAACUAAAGGAGGCAGAAAAGCUAUUUGUUUAAUUUCAGAAAAGCAGCAUGAUUAAGGAGCCUAAUAACAUUAAAUUUAUAGUUAAUUUUUUUAUUCUUAUUUUCUGAAGAGCCAAACUUUUUCUGAAAUUGGGACUUUUUUGGUAUUUGCAUAAGUUGUUUUUUUAUAUUUUAAUAUUUUGGCCUAAAUGUGAAAUAACCACAUGUUACCUGAAAACUUGUAAUUGUGUUCAGAUAAUUAGAUGAUUAUAUUUUGUUUUUACCUUUUCUUGUAUUCAUGAAAACUGUUUUGGCUAAGUUUUCAAUUUGUAAAGUUAGCCAUUGAAUACUAGGAAAACAUUAUUGAGAUUUACUCUUUAUUCUUCAUUAUUAAAAUAUUUUGGAUGCAAAUAAAUGCUUCUCAUUGAUUCUGUGAAGUCACUGGAACAGCUAAUCAUUAUAAUUUAAUAAUAUUCAUUUUUCAAAUCUUAAGGUCAUUUUAGUCAAGUUUCACAGUUCUGAAGUAGCUUUGAUUUAUCUAUGUGUAAACUUGACAAAUGGCUUUUAGUUGCAGGGAAAAAGGCUAUACCAGUAUGACUUCCUAAAAUAUUUAUUCAACAUUUAUUAAGCAAAUAUUUAUUGAGUGUCUACUAAGAGUCAAGCACAGUUUUAGAUACUGGGGAUAUAAUAGUGAACAAAACAGAAAAAUAAACCCUCUGUUCUUCUAGAGCUUACAUUUUAGUGGUGGAAAUAA